AUUUUUAAAAUGGUGAAACACUGUUGUGUAUCAUAUUGUAGAAGUGAAUCGUAUGCUGGUUGUGGUAUAUCUUUUCACAGUUUCCCGAAGGACGAGGAAAUGAGACUUAAAUGGAUAAAUAAUGGACCUGUAAAGCAGAGAGUCACAAAAAAUUCAGUUGUAUGCAGCCUUCACUUCGAACCAGAAGAUUUUUAUUCGCGUAAUUCCCGUCAAUUAUUAAAACCUGACGCAAUACCAACAUUUUGCUUAAAGCCCGAAAUUAAAAAAGCAAAAUUACUAAGAAACAUGAUUCCCUGUCCUCCGCCACAACCUCCGAGGAAGCUCUCUGUUGACGGGAUAGAAGUAGGUGUUCAGACAGAUGAUUUUACGUUAAGCAGCCCACGUAUAACAACUUUAAAGAGGCAAAUAAAAAUUGCGACUGCAAUCUUAAAAAGUCGCGACAGCAAAAUCGAAAGGUUGAAAUCUGUUAUUACUUUGUUAAAAAGACACAAACGAAAACCAAUUAUGAUCGAUGAUAUAUAUAAUAUUCCUAGACAAUCAACCGCCUACGCAACCAAAGCAAAAAGAUUUUCUAACGAGGUAAAAAAAUUCGCAUGUUCUUUAUAUUCUCAAUCUCCCCAAGCGUAUUCCUUGCUGAGGGGCCAAUUUGUUUUGCCACAUCCUAUGACAUUCCGGAAAAUUGUGUCAAAAAUAAAGGGAACAACGGAAACUUUAGAUUGAAGCAAGGAUAUCCUUACCGUAAGUAACAGGAAUACUUACAGUUCGAAAAUGUUGUGCCGAAAGAGACUGAAUAUUUGGCCGGACAUCUCGUUCUCUUCGAAUGGUAUAAUCCCAGAUUAGCAGAAGGACAGAUUUGCACAAAGGUAGAUAAUGUGGGUACUGUCGUCGUCAAAAAAAUUACAAACCCUAUUAACCUUAUUAUCCAUUUGUGACCUCUUUGCUUUAUAAAGUAUAAAGCUAUAUUAUAUGACAUGACACAUAUAUUAUAUGUAAACCGUAAAAACAGAAUUUAACAAAUUUCAAAACUAUUUUAAUAACCAGGGUAUCCUCUAAAUCACAAAGGACAUUCUUAUUUCAAGCUUUUAACUUGCACUGUUCUAUGUAGCUACAAAAUUUGUAAACAGUUUUCGACCACUUGUUAUCUAAUUCAGCUGAAAUUUGGUAUACUGAUGUAAGUCUGCUAAGUAAGAGCUGAAAGGUUGCCAUAGGAACUCCAUUAUAAAAUGGCAUAACGCCAUCGAGUUUGUGCUAGUAAGAUUCGUCUUGACGAGUACUUUGGCUCUAGAUGGUAUCCAGGGUCUGAUUGGUAUGGCCAUAAGAUCUUCGAAAUAAAACGACGUAACCCCAUCGUCCCCAGGGUCUUUAUGAGUACUUUGGCCCAAGAUAAUAUCAUAAGCAAACCCAUCAGGUUUGGACCUCUAAAGGACGGUUUAUUUCAUAUACUUGUGGGAACAAUAAAAUUAUAAAGAAACUACUACACAAAGAAAAUGACGACUUUCAGAGUAUCAUAAAUACUAAAAACAUAA